AUGGCUUUGGGUCCCGAGCAUCCAGGGAGAGUAAGAGGGGUAGGUGCUGGGAUUUCCCCUAGGCAAUUCUUCAAUUUACCUAGACCACAAAGGGUGAAGUUUGCUGAUCAAUUGAAGGAAAGUGUAAGAAUUGUCCUUCAAGAAGAGACUAAGAAGAUGGAAGCUAGAACCAAACAAUUAGUAGAGGCUGAGAGGGAACAUUUACUAAGUCAGCUUUCCCACCUCAUCCCCAAUUUUGAUCCAAGCAUGCUUAAACCGAAAACAAGUCCCAUGAAUCCAAUGUCUGAUAAAGCAAGCUGUUCUGGGGCUGACGUGAGAUCCCUACAUUUAGAGGAUGAUACUGCCAGAAAUGGGGAACAGCAAGAACAAACGGGUGAUGAAGUACUCGAUUAUUCAAAUGUGGAGGUGCCAUCUUCCUUACAAUCCCUUUGUGGUUAUGUGGAAACUACACUAAAGCCACAGGGGAAGAUCAUGACUUUCAACAUUGAGAAGGAGGUGUUUGGUGCAGAUCGAAGUACCUUCGUCUUGCAUGAAGAUAUUACACAAUUUGCAGGCAUGGAAGAAAUUGGGGCUACUGUGGUUGCAGUAUAUAUGAGGUGCUUAUAUGAUCUUUUGAGAGAAGCAAAUAUGUGCAGCAUGGUUGGCUUUAUCGACCCUGCUCAAGUUAGUGCCAACGCUGGGUCACUAACUGACAGAUCACGAAUUGUAGCCAGUCGACUUCAGAAAACAGAUGGUGAACAGAUUUUCAUGAUGCCUUACAAUCCAGGCCGUCAUUGGGUCUUGCUGAUUGUGAGGGCAAAGAGGGAAACCGUCUAUUUUCUGGAUCCUCUGCCUGGAAAUCGUGUGGUGGAUGAGGAGGGCAAAAACAUCGUGAACAGUGCUUUAAAAAUUUAUAAUUCCCACAUAGGCAGACCAGGCCGUAAAGCACCAAUUUGGAAAACUCUGCCAGGCACACCAAAGCAACCCAGCAGUGUCGAAUGCGGGUAUUAUGUCAUGCGCUUCAUGAGGGACAUCAUCAUGGAUCCUUCCUUGGAGUUUGAGAAGAAGUUUGCCAAGGGAAAAGAUCAAGCGCCAUACCCCCCAAGCAGCCAUUGA